AUGGAAAUGGAGAACAUCAUUAAUGGUCAAUUGGAAAAAGAAAAGAAAGUACAAAAUGAAUUAAAAUCUCGUUCAUUAACAUUCAUAGAUCCAUAUGGAAACCGAACAACAAAGAAAUAUAUGGAUCAUCAAUCAAUUAGUAAAAUAAUUCGAGAUUAUGAGAAAAAUUAUGUACCUAAAUAUCUUCAACAAUGGAUACGAAUUGGUACUCAAAAUGAUGAUAUUAUUUCACCAUUGAGUGAAUAUGGAUUAAAAUCUACUGUAUCUGAAUAUGAGAAUGGUUAUGAAUUUGUUUCAUAUGGUGAAAUAUCUGUAUUUAUUGGAAAACAUGAAGAUUGUUGGCCUCAAACAAUUUUUGUUAAUAUGCUAUUAAUGGAUAAUAUUGAAAAACUGAAAAUGAGAAUAAAACAACAAAGGCCAUAUAUCGAUUUUGAAUUAAAAUCAUGUAUUAUAGAUCCAAAUAUGGAACCAAACAUAACCAAUUGGAAACAAGGUACGAUUGUAAAAUUAACAGAAGCUAUUAUAUCAAACCAAUUAUAUCAAAGUAAUUGUGUCAUUUUGGCUAAAGUCAUUGAUAAGGAGACUGAUAGUGGUAGCGACCGCGGUUUUUGGCUACUUGUGAAAAAAGUUACCGGAGAAACUAUCACUCUCAAUGUGAAUUCUCAAAUGAAUGUAUUAACUGUGAAAAAAUUAGUCGAAGAUGUUGAAGGUACUCUUUGUGAUCACCAACGUCUUAUAUUUGCUGGAAAGCAAUUAGAAGAUGACAAAACUCUCUCAGAUUAUAAAGUAUCAGAAGAAAGUACACUUCAUUUAAUAUUACGAUUACGAGGUGGAAUGUAUCAUUUUACAAGUGGUCGACAAGAUUUUCGCUGUUUGCCUUACGAUAGUAUGGAUGCUAUUCAAAAUGUUCUAACAUUCAAGUUUAAAAAUAUGCAUAAUACUCAACAAUUAUCACUAUCUGACUUGCAGAAUUCUAUUCUACAAGCAAAAACUGUUCUGUCAACUUUAUAUCAUAAAACUCUGAAGCUUCGUAUCUCCCCUGAUAUUCCUGAUUUGAGAAAGAUCAUCCUACCAAUACCUACUGACAAUGAAGAUGAUAAACAUAACACUCUCAAACAUCUACUUAUUAAAGAAGAACAACUUCGACUUAGUCAACAAACUCAACAAUUAUUAUCAUCUAUUCAAGAUCGAACAGAUAUUGAUUGGAUGGAUAUUAUUGAUCAAUUACAAACACAAUUAAUCAAAGAAACAAUUGGUCAAGAUGCAACAGAAAGUGAAAUUCAACAUGGUUUGAAUAUAUUGAGAAGUGCACAUGAGUUAUAUCCAAAUGAUGAUGAAUUUCAUAAUUUAUCUCUCUAUGUUCGACAUAAUCGUGCAAGACAAGGUCAUUUUCGAGUUGGUGAUGAAGCUAUUGAUAUUGAACUAUUAAAUCUUAAUAAUGAAUUUGUAUCAUUAUUUUCUCAUUCUCAUUCUAAUAAACCAUUAUUAAUUAUUGGUGGAUCAUAUACAUGA